CGGCUGGGGGGUCCCGGGUUGGUGGCUCUGCUCGCUCGGUUUUGCAAUCGCAACAGGGACCGCAGGGGCAGCUUGCUCAGUUGAGUGAAGAAAGCCCGCGUUUUGCGCCUAAUUUGGCUUUCAUUCUACUGUGCAUGCCCCUGCCCAGACUGGAAUAAAGAGAAGACGAAUGGACUUACACAGAAAUACACUGGGCCAUUGCGGUGUACAUUUAGUUCCUAAUUAAUGGACCAGAAUGCAAAUGGUUGGACUGAAAAAUUCACUUUUCAUGUGUUAUUGGUGUGUGUUUGAGGACUCCACUGGUUCUCCUGGCUCCACUUCUGGCUCAGUCUGCACCACAAAUUACUGCAAAAUACCCUGCUCUGGGCUGUUUCAGCCCCCAUGGGACUCAUCAGUUCCAGUGGAUUGGAAAUCUGGUUCCAGAAUUUGGCAUCUCAAGCUCAAAUGUGAAGGUUCUUUCUACCCCAUCUGAAUUCUACGAGGUCAUGAAGGCACAAAUAAAAACAUCUAAGAAACGCAUUACAAUGGCAUCGUUAUACCUAGGGAUUGGGCCACUGGAGCAGGAGCUGGUGAAUACCCUAGAGGAGACUCUCAAGUGCCCAGACUCCUCAGAGCUUCAAGUCUCCAUCCUGCUGGACUACACCAGAGGAUCCCGGGGUAGAAAGAAUUCUCGCACCAUGCUGCUUCCUCUGCUGCAUAGGUUCCCAGACAAUGUACGGGUUUCUCUUUUCCACACUCCACACCUACGUGGCCUUCUUCGUCUCCUUGUCCCAGAGAGGUUUAAUGAGACUAUUGGAUUGCAGCAUAUGAAGAUUUACCUGUUUGAUGAUAACAUCAUUCUUAGUGGAGCAAACCUAAGCGAUUCAUAUUUCACAAACCGGCAGGACCGCUAUGUACUAUUCCAGGGCUGCUCCGAACUAGCAGAUUUUUUCAGUGAUCUUGUGGGAGCAGUGUCAGAGGCUUCUCUGCAGUUACAACCAGAUGACACUGUUCAGGUAGAAGAAGGAAUGGAGCAUCCUUACCAAGGUGAUAAAACUAAAUAUUGUGAAGCUGCCAGUAAAAAAGUCAUGGGAGUAAUAGAAGAUGCCAGACGCCGGCAAUAUGAACAUCGCAGUACCAAAUUUCAGAAUGAGAGAUCAGCCUCCGACAUGGAACCUCCAGAUACUUGGGUUUACCCCUUGGUGCAAAUGAAACCUUUUGGAAUUCAGAUAGAUGAACUAGUCACAGAAACAUUGCUAACAGAGGCCGAAAGAGGAGAUCAGCUGUAUCUAACCACUGGUUACUUUAACCUAACACAGGAAUAUAUGGACCUACUUCUGGGCACAAGGGCCGACUACAACAUUUUGUUAGCUGCCCCUGAGGUUAAUGGCUUCUUUGGAGCCAAGGGUAUUGCAGGAGCCAUUCCAGCUGCUUACGUACAUAUAGAGCAUCAGUUCUAUAGUGAAGUUUGCAGGCAUGGUCAGGAGAUGAGGGUUAAGCUACGAGAAUACCAUCGAGACCUCUGGACAUUUCAUGCUAAAGGUCUGUGGUUCUACUCAGCUGGUGCAGAUCUUCCUUGCCUCACUCUUGUCGGUUCUCCAAAUUUUGGUUAUAGAUCAGUUCACAGGGACUUGGAAGCCCAAAUAGCUCUUGUAACAGAAAACAAGGAACUGCAGCAGCAGCUUCAUAAGGAACAACAACAGCUUUAUAACCUGUCAAAUGCUGUGAGCCCUGCUACGUUCCAGCACCCAAGUCGCUAUGUGAAACUGUGGGUGAAACUGGUAACUCCUUUGAUUAAGAAUUUCUUCUAAAGCACUGAAAGCUGCAUGAGAAGAGGAAGGUACGGGUUUAGCACUGAACGCACAGACUGUCUUGAUGAAGCUGGCUAAGAUCUCAAAGGAGAGUGUUUCGAUUCGAAGUGCAACUGCUGCGCAGUCCUGGGACCUGCCACUGGGACCUUUUAUGGUGAUUUAGCAAGAACUGUUUCCCUGACUAAGUUAUAUUUUGAGCUUAACAUUGCAUAUAUAUAUGCUUUUUUUUUUGUUUUGCAUAUAAAUAAAACUGUUGCAAAAUCUCUGA